AUGUUAAAGUAUGUUAGUAAUAUAAAUAAAAAGCUAAUAUAUAAAUUACACAUUGAAAAUGACAAAAUUAUCGAUAUGCCUAUGUUUUUGGUUGAUAACAUAUAUAUAAGAAAUAAAAAAGAAUUAAUUAUAUUAUUAACUAAUGCUAUUUUUUUUAACAAAACAGAAUUUCUAGAUAAUUAUAAAAAAGUUUUAAUGAAAAAUAACAAUUACAAUAAUAUUAAUAAAGGUGAAAAUAUAAAUAAUAAUAUUAAAUAUAAUAAUAGUAUUAACGAUCAUAAGACUACAUGUGAUAUUAAUAAUCUUAAUUAUAAUAAUAAAACUAUUAAUUUUAUAAUUAAUGAAAAUAAGAAUAACUAUGAUGACAAAUUAAAAUUCCCUAUUAAUAAAGACAUUCAUUCUAUUAGAGAUAAAGAUACAUGUGAGCUUAAAUUUAAUUAUUAUAAAUAUAAUAAUGAAGAAUAUAAUGAUUUAAUAAAUAGCUUAUCAGAAAAAUAUUAUGACAUCGAUUAUUACAACUCAGAUUAUUUAGAUAUUUUUGAAGAUGAAAAGGAGUAUAUUAAUUAUUUAGAAUCUAUAAAAAAGAAUGAAAAUGACGAAAUAAAAGGAAAAGAAUAUUCAUUAAUUGGUUAUAUUCCAAAUGACUAUUUUUUUUUCUCCUUUAAAAAUAGAAUAAUAUCAAUUAAAGAAAUUUUAUCUUUUAAUGAUUUAUUUUCUCUUAUUUGUUUAUUCAGUAAAAUAAAGGAUGUAGAUAUUAUGAAAAUAUUAGCUGAAGAAUAUAUUAAAAAUAUAGAAAUGAAAAAAUAUAAAAAAGUUAAUAAUAAACAUAUUAUACAUUUGUUAAAUAUAUUUAUUAAGAUAAAUUACGAAAAAAAUAAUAUUCAUAACAUCAUUAAGAGUUUACUAGAAAAUGUGUAUAUAAAUGUUUUAAGUAAUGAUUUGAAGUUAUCAACUUUAUGUUUUUCGUGUUUGUCAAGAUUACAUUUAUAUAACAUUUUAUUUUAUGAUUAUAUUUCUAAUUUUAUUAAGAAUAUUGACAAAUGCUCUCACUUAUCAUGUUCUAUAUUACUUCACUGUAUAGGGUAUUAUAAGCAUUAUUUAAUCCAGAAAAAAAGAGAUAUAUAUAAAGAGAUAAAAAGUUAUAAGAAUGCAGUAAAAAAAUACAAUGAUUCAAAAAUAUAUAAUGAAAAGAAAAACACUUUACUUAAAAAUGAUAAAUAUAUAAUAAAUGAUGUAAAAACAAAUAUUUUGAGAUUUCAAUUAUCUAAAAAAAAUAGAGAUCUAAUAAAUGAGUUAGAAUAUAAAAUAAUUGAAAAUUUAAUAAAAAUGGAUUUAGAAAAUAUCUCUGGAAAAUCUAUAAGUUGUAUAUUGCAUUAUUAUUAUUUGAUAAAUAAAAGGAUCUUAAAUGAUAAUGAUCAUAUCUUAUUUAGUAAAUUAAUUGACAUUUUAAUAAGAAAUAACAUAAAUUUUAUUAAACCUAGAAGUUUUCUUAUGUCUUCAUAUACAUUAAUUUUACAUAAAUAUUUCACAAAUAUUGACAUAUCUGCAUAUUUUCUUAUGCAGUGUUCUAAACUAAUUAAAUCUCUAAAAAAAAAAAUAUACAUAGAAAAUUUACUUUUUGUUUUAAUUGGUUUCUCUCAAAAUCAACUAAUAGUUUAUAAAAACAAAAAUAAUAAAUUUCCUAAAAUAUAUAUAGAUAGAAAAAAUAAUAAAUUACAUAAUUUCAAAAUAGAAAAUAAAUAUAUUGAUAUGUUAGAAAAAUCGGAAAAUGAGAUAAAUCUUUUAAAAAAAAAAGAUGUAGAUCCUAUUAGUUGCAGAUCAGCCAUAUUAUAUAUUUUUAAUGAGAUAACCAAUUUAGAUUAUGAGUUAAAUAAAAACCAAAUUCUUUUAUAUCUACAAUUAUUUUCAAGUUUUGAUAUAAAAUUAAAUACAGACAUAAAACAAAAAUUAUUUAUACUAAUUAUUAAUUCUGUUAACGAUUUGAUAUCUUCAAUUAAUUUUGUUUUUCAAUUAGCCAUAAAAAUAUAUGGUAUUCUUAGUAAUUAUAUGAAGACAAUAGCUUUGCAUUAUUUAGAAAAAGUCGACUUUGAAUUAUGUAAAUUUUAUAAAUUAAUAAAAAAUAAUGAAAAAUACUUUUAUAAUUAUAUACAAAGUGAUAAUUAUAACAAGAAGGAGUAUUCAUUUUUAUGUGAUGUAAAUACUUUGUCAAGUAUUCUUUUCAUAUUUGAUCAAAUAGAUGUAAGUAAAAGGGAUUUUAUACUAAAUCUUUUAAAUUUAUUACAAAAUAAUAAUUACUUAUUAUUAACAUAUAAAAAAAAUAAGUUUUCUUCUUAUAUUUAUAUGAUUCAUUAUAUUGGAUAUAUGCCUACUGAAAAGAAACAUAAGGAAUUUAUUGAUUUUAUUUAUACUAAUUUAUCUGAUUACAUAGAUUUAUCUUAUAAGGAAUAUUUGCAAAAAAAAGAGAAUAUACAUUUAGAUAACAUAUAUGGUGUUAAAAAAGAAAUAAAUUCAGAAGAGAAACCUGAAGUAGACAUAAAUAAAUAUAAUGAAGAGCAUAUAGAAAAUAAAUCUAAUAAAAUCGUAAUUGAAAAUUUAAAUGAAAAUAUGAAUAAAUAUGAAGAUGAAAAUUAUUUUAAUGAAGUAAAUCAUAAAAUCAUAAAUGAUAAAAUAUAUAUAAAAGAUUUAAUAUUAUUAUUAGAUUCUAUAAGAAUUAAUAAAGCUUAUAAUUAUAACUUACUUAUUAGUAACAUAAUUAAUAUGAUGAAUACGGAAAAAAUAAGAAUGUUACAAGAUGAUGACAUUGAAUUAAUAAAUUAUAUUUUUAUAGAUAUGGGUUUAAUGAAUAAAUAUAUAAUGGAUGAAGCAAAGAAAAGGGGAUUAACUAUUGGAUUAAAUUCAUGA